AUGGUGGGCGAGAUUCUAGAGCUAUGGCAUAGCUAUAGAGUUUAUCUUCUGGCCCUGGUGGUUAUCAUAGCAGUUCUUUUUCGCAGAACUGAGAAAAACAAUAAUCAGACUGAUGAAAAACCAUCUGUGCCCGCUAGGGCUCCUUCUCCUGCCACGCGGGAGAAGGACGUCGGAUUAAAACCUACUGCUGCGCCUAUUCCAGUGGAUUUCACACAACUUUAUUCAAAGUCUGGCAGUAGUACUAGCAGCGAUGAAGAGUCGUCAACGAAAGCUUCCCCCAAAAAGAUUCGAAGAGUCCCCAAAAAGUUCACCGGAGGAGUGACGGCCGCUAUUGCUAGUGGUAAAGCUGUCCCUACUGCUUUAUUGCCUUCAGUAGAAUCGAAAAUUAUUGUAUUUUUCUCUACGCUCACUGGAUCGUCUGAGAGAUACGCUCAAAAAGUUCACAAAAGAAUUUGCCAAAUAUCACAAAAUACAGUCAACCCCCCAGAAUUGGUGAAUCUUGAUUACGUCGAAGAUCUGGAUCCAUACUUUGUGUCCCCUAAAGAGAAGUAUGCUGGUACUAUUUAUUUACUUAUUGUACCAUCAUAUGAAACGGAGUCUCCAUUAGACUUUUUCAUUGAGUCUUUGAAGGAGACUUACGGUGAUUUCAGAAUAGAUUCGAGGCCUUUGAAUCCACUGGCUGGGUUCUCAGUAUUUGGUCUAGGUGAUAAGGAGGGAUGGCCCGAAGAAUCCAAGUUCUGUUAUCAGGCCAGACAGGUUGACAAAUUACUUGGUAAAUUAGGUGCCAGAAGAGUAUUUCCAUUAGGCACCGGAUGCAUAAAAACAGAUGGAGAAGCUAAUUUGAACGAAUGGUUAGAUCAUUUAGAGAAUACGCUUAACGAUCCGUCUCCUCCAGAAGAUAUUGAUAUCGCUGAUUCAGAUGAUGAGGAAGAAACUGAUGAAAUUGAUGAGUCGGUUGUUGAUGUUGAAGAUAUGGGAAAAAUAAUCAAAAAGUCCAAAGAAGACAUUGCUGCAUGCUCUCCAGAAGAUGACCCCACCACUACUACCAAACAGAUGGUGGCCAAGGAUUCCCCUACCUAUAAGUCUCUAACUAAGCAAGGAUACACCGUGGUUGGAUCACACUCUGGCGUCAAGAUUUGUAGAUGGACUAAAUCCGCUCUCAGAGGUCGAGGUUCAUGUUACAAAUACUCAUUUUACGGCAUUAAGAGUCAUCUCUGUAUGGAGGCCACCCCGUCGCUAUCCUGCUCCAACAAAUGUGUUUUUUGCUGGAGACAUGGUACCAAUCCAGUGGGUACCACGUGGAGAUGGCAGGUGGAUGCUCCUGAUGUGAUCCUGAAGGGUGCUCUAGAGGGUCAUUACAAGAAAAUCAAACAGCUCAAGGGUGUCCCUGGAGUUGUUGCCUCUAGAUUUGCUGAGGCUUUUACAGUUCGUCACUGUGCUUUGUCAUUGGUAGGUGAACCUAUUUUUUAUCCUCACAUCAACGAGUUUGUUGGUAUGUUACAUGAGCGACAUAUUUCGAGUUUCCUCGUGUGUAACGCUCAACAUCCAGCCGAAUUAGCUGCUUUGAAAAGAGUCACCCAACUCUAUGUAUCUAUUGAUGCCAGUAACAAAGAGUCAUUGAAGAAAGUGGACCGUCCUUUGCAUCGUGAUUUCUGGGAGAGAAUGGAAAAAUGUUUAGAUAUUCUCAGAGAAAAGAAACUCCAACGUACUGUGUUCCGAUUGACCCUCGUUAAAGAUUUUAACAUCGAUGAACAUGAGGGUUAUGCAGAUCUAGUCGUCAGAGGUGAGCCCUGUUUCAUUGAAGUAAAGGGAGUCACAUACUGUGGUACCUCAAAAAGCAAUCCUCUUACCAUGCAAAAUGUUCCAUUCUAUGAGGAAGUUAAAGCUUUUGUUGAGAAUCUCAAUGCAUCACUUGCUGCCAGGGGUCUUGAAUAUGACAUUGCUGCUGAGCAUGCGCACAGUUGUUGUAUUCUUAUCGCUCAAAAGAGAUUUAAAAUUGAUGGCGUAUGGCAUACUGCUAUCAACUACGACAAAUUUUUUAGUCUUCUCGAAAGUGGUGACGAAACGUUUACUCCUAUGGACUACAUUGCUCCAACACCACAAUGGGCUCAGUACGGGUCUGAUGAAGGUGGAUUUAACCCGGACGAUACCCGUUUUUCAAGAAAAAAGCCUGUUGUUUAA